UAUCCAUCAAUUCAGCAUUUUGGGUUAGAAUAGGGAUUAUCCUCUCUCUCUCUCUGCAAUGGCGAAUGUGCUGGAAGCUUUCACCGUUUUCAAUUCUUCAAUCUCCAUAUUUUCCGGUCGCCGGCGUCUGCGGCUCGUCUGCGAGGCUGCUCCACAAACAUCCCCUCGAAAAGCCGGCGUUGGGGGCACUAGCAGAAGUUUUGGGAGACUAAAAGUGCAGAGAGUAAAAGAUCUAGUCAAAGAAAGCUAUAGGAAAAAGAUACAAGGAGAUGAUCAGAGAGAAAACAUUAGCCAAGACGAGGUAUAUAAUGAUCCUGAUCUAAUGGAACAACGAGAGUCUAUGAGUGAUGAGGAAGAUACUUCAGAAGCACUCAGCUCUAGUGUCAAAUCCAUUGGACGAGGUGUUUCUUCAUCGGGUUUUCCUGUUUUAGCCCCAAAAAGAUGGGGUGGUGUAGAAGCAGCUGACAGCUAUAGAAGAUAUAGACCGGAUGAUCUCUCAAAGAAAGAGUUGAAGUUGAAGGCCAAUAGUGACUUUUUUAGUAGAAAGUCGUUUACUGAGUUGGGAUGUAGUGACAUCAUUGUUGAGUCUUUGAGGAAGAUGCAGUAUGUUCGCCCUUCACAUAUCCAGGCAAUGGCAUUUGAUUCGGUCAUAGGUGGGAAGAGUUGUAUAAUAUCUGAUCAGAGUGGAUCUGGUAAAACUUUGUCAUAUCUGAUACCACUAGUGCAGCGACUUAGACAAGAAGAAAUUGAAGGACUUAGCAAAUCAAAGUUACAAAAUCCCCGAGUUGUAAUACUGGUCCCUACUGCUGAAUUGGCUUCUCAGGUUUUGAAUGUUUGUCGCUCACUCUCAAAAGUUGGUGUCCCUUUCCGAUCUAUGGUUGCCACUGGUGGUUUUCGGCAGAAAACUCAACUGGAAAGUCUUAAACAGGGAAUAGAUGUUAUGAUUGCUACUCCUGGACGCUUCUUGUUUCUAGUAAAUGAGGGCCACCUGCAAUUGUCUGAUAUUAAAAGUGCCAUAUUAGAUGAGGUAGAUAUACUCUACAAUGAUGAAGAUUUUGAGCUUGCAUUACAAACUUUGGUUGACUUGGCACCUGUCACUGCCCAAUAUCUAUUUGUAACCGCAACCUUACCUGUGGAAAUAUACAACAAACUGGUUGAGGUUUUCCCUGAUUGCGAGGUUAUAAUGGGUCCUGGUGUGCAUCGCACCAGCUCCAGACUGGAGGAGUUCCUCGUAGAUUGCAGCGGAGAUGAAACAGCUGAAAAAAAUCCUGAUACAGCUUUUCUCAACAAGAAAAAUGCUCUUCUUCAACUUGUGGGAGAAAGUCCGGUGACAAAGACAAUUGUGUUCUGCAACAAGAUCGAGACAUGUAGAAAAGUUGAAAAUGCAUUGAAACGUUUUGAUCGUAAAGAAAUUCAUGUGAAGGUCUUACCCUUCCACGCUGCUUUAGACCAAGAAACAAGACUUGCAAAUAUAGAGGAAUUUCGUCGCACCCCAUCGAAGAAUAUGUCCUUGUUCUUGGUUUGCACAGAUAGAGCAUCCCGAGGAAUCGACUUUGCUGGGGUCGAUCAUGUAGUACUCUUUGAUUUCCCCCGGGAUCCAAGUGAAUACGUGCGCCGUGUGGGACGAACAGCACGUGGUGCUGGAGGUGUGGGAAAAGCCUUUAUUUUCGCUGUUGGUAAGCAGGUCUCUCUCGCAAGGAGGAUUAUCGAAAGAAAUCUCAAGGGGCACCCGUUGCAUGAUGUCCCGUCUGCUUAUGAGGUGAUGAGGUAGACCAUCUUCAUCAAGCUGUAACCUAAACUAUGUAUAUGAGACGAGGAAAAUGGUUAUAUCGGCUUCCUUGUAGCUUCACGACAACACGAACGCCUGUGUGGCGCAGUCACUUGUCUUGGAGGGGAGAAGGUCGAAACUCACUCUCUCCUACUAUUGAUUACGGUUCUAAAUUUAGUGAGAUUCGAAAUUGUAACCUUCCGUUGGUGUAAGGAGAUGCAAGAGUACCAUAUUACAGGAACAUACAAGUAAAAUUUUCAAUUUCUGUUUUGACUCUCA